CAGUGUAACAGAGAGCUAAGCUUCAGGAGCCUCACCCCAGGGGCACUGGCCUGUAAAAAAUGUCCCUGUAACCCUGGAACCAUGAAACCAUGACAGUCAUCACUUAUUCAAGCGCUGCUGGAAGGCUUCCGAAAGAAAUUCAGGUUCUCGAGCAUCCCUCCGCUUCCGGAGAUGCUCCAGAACCCCUGUCCGAGAUUCCGGAACCUCGGACCAUGCCGGACCCCUCUGGGAAUCCAAUUCCAGAAUCGUGCAGGGUCAAAGGCCAGGGAUGGAUCAGACAGAGGGAAGAGGAGACGAGGAAGAGUCAAACAUGGGGGAGUGGAGUCAGCAGGAAGAGGGUGAACGGAGGAAAGAGAGAGGAGCUGUGCAACUUAAGGAAUAAACGCGAAGAGGAAGUCGAAGAAGAGCUCAAAAGUGGGAGGGAAUGUGUGGAAGGAAGGCGCAAGAGCAAGACGGAUGUCUCUGGGAUUCUGUCAGCUGCAAAGCUAAAAGAGGAAAGGAUGGGGAACAGGAAGAGGUGGCCUGUUUUUCCUCUGCCAUGGUACCUGAAAAACAUCACUGAGGGAGAGGCAAAGAGAGGGAAAAACGCGAUGUGGCAUCACAUCUUCGUCUGGUCGGUUCUCCUCCUCUUCAGUCUGUGUCUUACACCUGCUUCAUCACAGGGACAUUUCCCACGAAUGGAGAACAUUGCUGCCUUCAAACCCGUGUCCACCUCUCCGCCUCGUUCCACAUGUGGGGUACCGGAGCGGAGCAGCUACUGUCAGUCUCCGUCCUCUCAGACUGAGCUCACAACAUGUUAUCAGGCCUUCUGCAUCCAGGAGUGUCCCUACAGAUCCUCCACGCCUCCAUAUGCCCCACUGCUACUGGCUGCACACAGGGGUUCCUGUGUAACAGAAGACAGUAAUGACACUCGUCCUGGGACUCAGACGGGAGUAACUACCAGUUCAGAGGGGGGUUCUGGUGGAUCCAGUAGUGUGCUGUUUCAUUCAGUGCAGGAUGGAUGUCUGGUCUCUCCACCCUCACAGAAACUAGGAGUGUUGGGUUCCCUCACCCUGGCAUUGUGGAUAAAACCAAACUCCUCUGGAGAGAUGAUGCUGCUGGAGAAGAGUUCAAGGGAGCAGCUGUUUUUUUCUGUGACAGUGUCGGAGCAGGCGGUCACCCUGCGGUACGGUCAGCGCAGCAGUCACACUCCUCCGACCGUCAUCUUCAGAGCAGAGGGGAGGCUAACACUGGGCAGCUGGACACACCUUGCUUUGCAGGUCCAUGACAGACGUGUGAGUCUCUUCCUGGACGGGCUCGAAGAGGAUGGGACACCGUUUGACACUCAACCCCUGACCGCCAGACUGUCUGAUUUCAACGAGGACGGUGCCAUGUGGGUGGGACUCAGCUCCAACGGGUCUAAUCAGUUCAUUGGGUGGAUGCAGGACUUUAGAUUUUAUCCUGCCACCCUGACCAACAGAGAAAUAGUGGAGGUGUACUCUGGGAUCCUGCCUGAGCUGCAUGUCCAGUCAGAGUGUCGCUGUCCUCCCAGUCACCCCAGAGUACACCCUUUAGUUGAGAGGUACUGCAUCCCCAGUGGUGUGGAGGACACCACAAAUGACAGAGUCUUAAGACUCAACCUUAAUGCCCAUCCACUCAGUUACAUCAAUGAUCAGGACAUGGGCACCACGUGGCUUUCUAGGAUCAUGACUCCACAAGAACUUGAUGAAGGAGUCACUAUUACUGUGGAUUUGGCCAAUGGACAAUAUCAGGUAUUCUAUGUUAUUGUUCAGUUCGGCGGCCUCUUGCCUGAGUCUGUUCUGAUCCAAAGACGGAGGCGUGACCUCACAGAACCUGACAGUGACACCGCCUCAGAACAACCCUGGCUGGACUGGCAGUACAUGGCCAGAAACUGCAGUGUGUUUGAGAUGCAGAACGACGGGCCUUUACUGAGACCAGACUCAGUCAACUGUCUGCAGCUGCCCCGUGACGUGCCCUUCUCUGGAGGUAACAUCACAUUCAGUCUGCUGACCCCAGAGCCAAACAUGAGACCAGGCUAUAAUGACUUCUACAACAAUCCUGCCCUGCAGAAGAUGGUGCAUGCCACACAGGUCAGGAUACACCUGAGUGGACAGUACCACACCAGAGCAGCUGGGGUGAACCAGCGACACAGAUACUUCGCUAUCAAGGAGAUCACCAUCAGUGGCAGAUGUGAGUGUCAUGGCCAUGCCGACCACUGUGAUACCAGUGUGACACCAUACCGCUGUCUGUGUUUGCCUGAGAGUCACACAGAGGGAAACAAUUGCCAGCGUUGUGCACCCCUCUAUAAUGACAAGCCGUUCAGGUCAGGUGACCAGCUCCAGCCUAUGAACUGCCGGUCCUGCCAGUGUCACGGCCACGCCCUUUCAUGUCAUUACGAUGUCGGAGUUGAUGACCAACCAGACGAGCACUAUCGUGGAGGGGGAGGCGUCUGUGACAACUGCACACACAACACAUCGGGUAAGAACUGUGAGCUGUGUAUCAGUGGGUUUUUCAGACUGGAGGAAUCUGAUCCUACUUCACAUGAGGUGUGUCAGCCUUGCGACUGUCACACUGCUGGAACAAUCAAUGGCAGCAUGGAGUGUGCCCAGGUUGGAGGUCAGUGUCAAUGUAAGGUUGCAGUAAUAGGUCGUCAGUGUGCCGACUGCUUGCCUGGUUGGUACGGUCUGAAAGCCGCAAAUCCUGACGGCUGCAUCCACUGUAACUGCAGUGACAUUGGCAUCAUCAGCACCUCAACAGGCGGAGUUCUCAGUUGCAACCAGGAUACGGGACAGUGCCAGUGUAAACCCCAUGUCAGAGGUCUUUCUUGUGACCGCUGUGAGUUUGGUUAUUGGAACCUGUCCCACCCAGAUGGCUGCGUCCCAUGUGACUGUGACCCCCUGGGUUCCCUCAGCCCGUUUUGUGAGCCUGAGGGGGGGCAGUGUGAGUGUAAACCUGGGGUGGGUGGACGGCGCUGUGACUUCUGUGGCAGGGGGUCCUAUGGUUUGAGACUGGAGGGAUCCUGUGCCCCCUGCAACUGCUCACAAGAAGGGACAGUACGUGGGACAGACUGUGACCCUCACACAGGACAGUGUGUUUGUAAGGAACAUGUGGAAGGCCUUCUCUGUGACUCUUGUCGUCAUGGUUACCACACCCUUGAGCAGCGCAACUCCCUGGGCUGUCUGCCGUGUGCGUGUGACAUCCGCGGCACUCUGCCAGGGGCUGUAUGUGAUAUGUGGACCGGACAAUGCCCGUGCCGAGAGGGGGUGGAGGGCGCUCGCUGCACCAACUGUGCCCACAACUACUACAACAGGAGUUUACACCUCCCGAUGGGGUUGUCCCACGGCUGUGUACCAUGUACCUGUGACCCCAGAGGGACGGUGACGGGGUCAGUGUGUGACAGCGCCACAGGGCAGUGUGUUUGUCUCCCCACACGCUAUGGACAGGAUUGCAGCGGCUGCCGACCUGGCUUCUACCUCUCUCCAGAUCAGAGUGUGUGUGUGGAAUGUGACUGCCAUCCCAUGGGAGCAUCUCAGCGCAGUUGUGAGAGCCGGACUGGACAGUGUGUGUGUGCCCAUCCUUCAGUGGGAGGGCGGCGCUGUGACCAGUGUCGCGAGAUGUUCUUUGGAUUCAACCCCGGCCUGGGCAGAUGCCAGCCUUGUGCAUGUGACCCGAUGGGCAGUGUCAAUGGUUCAUGUCAUCCAGACUCAGGGGCGUGUGUGUGUAAGCUGCUGGUAACUGGAGACAAGUGUGAUGUAUGUCAACCUGGAGCAAGUCAUUUUGACCCAGAGAACCACUUCGGCUGCAGUAAAGCACCCUCCCAACAACCUGCACCAGUAGGUUUUGCUCACAGUUAUUCCUCCAUUCAUCUCUCUUGGCAUCCACCUGACUCCCCAAACUCAAACAGACUUAACUACACACUCAUCAGGGAUGGAGAAUCAGUGCAUAGCAUCCAGCAUCACUAUCCUUUCAGCCCAGAGUCAUUUGAAGACACCGGUUUGUUUCCAUACACCAACUACUCUUACUGGCUCAUAACAGCUAAUGUGGUCGGUGCAACAGUGAGUGCUUCUGCCUCGUACCAAACUUUAGGUGCACCGCCUGAGGCGGAACAGCUGCAUUUAAACCUUGUGGGACGUCCAGGUCCAACCACCGCUAGCUUUAACUGGAGCACACCACCAAAUGACACAGGCCCAGUGGAAAGGUUUGUGUUAUCCUCCACGGAGUCAUCUAGUGGAGCAGAGCCCGUCAUUCACUACACAGGCUUAUCUACAGAGGCUGUGGCAAGUGGUCUGAAGCCAUUCACCCAAUACACUGCGGUACUAGAGGCAUGCUCUUCAGGGGGAUGCACCUCCACCUCACCUCUGUCUCUUCUGACGGCUUCUGCCCCCCCACAAAACCAGCCCCCACCCACAGUCACUGCUAUAGGACCACAUACACUGCAUGCUUCCUGGGAGCCCCCCAGCCAGCCCAAUGGUGUUAUCACAAGGUAUGAAGUCUUUCUGCAUGGACCAGUGGAAACACAGAUCCUCUCGAGUUCUGCAGUUGAGAAGAGAGUGUUCAGCAGCUCUGGUUGGUUGGACCCAAGCAUUUCCCCAGAAGCACAGCUAACCAAUAGGAGCACAGUCCCAAUCCCUGAGAAUAACACCGUUGUGGCAGAUCUGCAGGCCUUCUCCACCUAUCAGAUAAGAGUUGUGAGCAUCAAUGUGGCAGGAAGUGUCUCGUCAGGGUGGACCACAGCGCGAACCAUGGAGGGAGUACCAGAGUUGAUGGCUCCUCCAGAGGUGUCUGCACUUUCCUCCACCAGUCUCAAAGUGGAGUGGAGCUCUGCUGAGGGUCAAGGGAUCAUUGCCAGAGGUCGGGUCACAGAAUAUCGGGUCAACAUGCUCACUGAACAGACCAGCAAUCCCUACGCUCCUCCGCUUAUUAAUCAGGUCUUACAUAGGGUGGGACCAUCGUCACAGCCUGUUUAUGUAGUGAAAGGACUGAAGCCAUACCAUGUGUACAACUUCACUGUUACACUCUGCACAAAGAUGGGCUGCAUCACCAGUCUGCCGACCACAGCACGGACCUUACCAGCAGUUCCAACAGGACUGUCUCUACCUCGGCUACAUCCAGUAAAUGAAACUACCAUUCAGAUAGACUGGGACCACCCAGGACAGCUCAAUGGACCACAUCCAAUAUAUCAGGUGGAGAGGACAGAUGUCUCUCUGUCUGACCCACAAGCGCCUGUUGUCAGAGGAACCAGAUUCUCUGGAAACAGUUUCUACCAGUUUCCCAGUGAUUCACUUCCUGUCAACACUGACUUCACAGGUGUCAAGUUGAGUUUUAAGACUCGCUCCCCAGAUGGCCUGCUGCUCUGCGCCUUCUCUCCAGGAAAUCAGGAGGAGUUCUUCGCCAUUCAGAUCAAAAACGGAAUCCCGUACUUUUUGUUUGACCCACAGGGCUCAGCGGUGGCUGUGAGUGUGCAGGGUGAUGGAGGGCGCCGCUACAAUGAUGGACAGUGGCACAGCAUCAUAGCUACAAGGCGAGGGGCCGUGGGAACAAUCGUUGUGAACAAUCAAUACAGAGGAAGUGCAUCCGCUUCCAGUGGCAGCACCAUUAUAGGUGAGAACACAGGGGUGUUCAUUGGAGGGCUGCCUGAAGACUUUACUUUGCUAAGAAAAGAUUCAGGUGAGGCCCAGUUAGUACAACAGGGUUUCUCUGGUUGCCUCAGAGACAUUAGUUUUAAGAUGACUGACGGCCCCUCAGAGGAAUGGAAAUCUCUGGACUGGACAACAGCCACAAGGAAGGUGGCAGUUUAUGAAAGCUGGGAGGGAUGCCCUGUUCAGACUGAGGACGGAGCCCAUUUUCUGGGUCAUGGUCACUUGGAGCUGGACAGAGAUGUGUUCAGUGGAGGACGGGACUUUGAAAUUUCUAUGGAUUUCCGAACAGACCAGCUCAAUGCACUUCUGCUCUUCACAUACAAUACACAAACUGACGACUACAUGCUGGUGGAACUGGAAGGCGGUCUCCUGUCCUUCAUUCUUGCCUCUGAGGGUCAUGUGACUGAACUCAGCAUGUGGGUGGGGCUUAGCUACUGCGAUGGAGACUGGAAACCGCUCUCAUUGGCCAAACGUGGCUCGCUCAUCUCUGCUGCAGUCAAUGACUGGGCAGAGGAGACAAGGGGAGGAGCAGUCAGGCUAAGAGUCAAUUCUCCGUUAUUCUUGGGGGGCGUGCCCACAGAGCUCAUACAUCCUGCUCUGGACAGCCGAAGUCACAGACACGGCCUAGGAGGUUGCAUAAGGGGUCUCACCAUACGGAGUGAUGAAACAAACCUGCCUCUCAGUCAAAGUGUUAAUCACUUUGUUGCCUCCCGCCGUUCUGUUAGAGUCUACUUAGACGGCUGUCCCACCAGUGAAAGUCGGUACAACUGCAGAGGAAACGAUUCAGUGUUGGUGUAUAGUGGGAGAAGGACACAAGCCACAGACUAUACUCUACAGCCUUUUACUGUACCAAGGUCUGUACCACCUCCCACCUCAGUGCAGAGCUUGGACGGCUUCAGUGCCAAGGUGAGCUGGUUGCCGCCCACUGGCGACAUCAGAGGCCUGAUUGACAGAUAUGAGCUGAUGGCCUACAGUAGAGACCAGCCAGAUGUACCACCUGUCAAAGCCGUGUACCUGGCUAAUGGAAAUUUCACAGGUGUGCUGCCAGGUCUCACUCCAUCCACUCGAUACAUUAUCACUGUAAGUGCCUGUAGUCCUGUCGGCUGCACUGAGAGUCUUCAUAAUGACAAUGGUGAUGAUAAUGAUAUGAGAUCAAGCCUCAGAACCCCCGAGGAAGCUCCAGAUGUUGUCUCUCCUCCAGCUGCAGUCUCAUCCCCCUCAGCUCUUUAUGUUACCUGGGAACCUCCAGCAAAGCCCAAUGGAGGCAUUACAGAGUACCUCCUUUAUCACAACAACCAAGUGGUCUACAGGGGGAAAGACAGACAACACAACAUCACUGGUCUUGGUGUAUAUUCCACUCACGUUCUUGUACUGAGUGCAUGCACUUCAGUGGGCUGCACCAACAGUUCACAAGUUACUAUGCUGACCUCCCAGCUUCCUCCUGGGCCUCUACAAGCACCGACUCUCACUCUGCUUGACUCGCGGUCUGUUCUGGUGGAGUGGUCACGUCCCUCGCAGGUCAAUGGCGCUUUGGAGUUCUACUCCAUCUUCCUGUCACAUGACGGUGCAGAGCCUGUGUUAGCCUAUAACAGCACAGAACUUUUUGAAGACCACACACUCCGAAACCUAACCCCCGGAACAUCUUACACCGUCACUCUCGCUGCCUGCACAGGAGGUGGAUGUACCUUAAGCCCUCCCAGCCAGGUGCAAACUGAGGAGAGCACCCCUGAGAGUGUUCCUGCACCGCUGGUCACCCCUUUGUCCCCGCAUGCACUCAACGUCAGCUGGACACCUCCUGACACUCCAAAUGGCAUUAUAACCAGCUAUGGCCUGUGGCUAGAUGGAGUUCUCAUUUUAAACUCCAGUUCCCUCCAGAGGUUCUUUGUUGUGGAGGGACUCUCUCCAUGGAGCCGACACAUACUCAGGCUGCAGGCCUGCACAGCACGGGGCUGUGGCAAGGGACCAAUGGUGGAGAUACGUACAUUAGAGAUGGCGCCAGAAGGCCCUAUACUGCUGGAACUGACCAAUCAGAGCUCUCGAUCACUCAGAGCUCGCUGGACAGCCCCACCUAGACCAAAUGGGAACCUCAGCUACACAUUGUACUACAAAAGCAAAGAUGGAGAUGGUGUAUUGGAUGGAAGUACAGCAGCAGGCAGCUGGUUGUCUGUGACUGACCUCCAGCCUUACACCGACUACAGAGUCUGGAUCAGAGCUUGUAACACACAGGGCUGUGUUGAGAGUUUGCCACUGGAUGUUACUACGUCCCCGGCAGCCCCAGAUGGGUUGUCACCUCCUAUGUUGGCCCACGCAACUAGUGCCAGUCUGAAUGUAUCCUGGUCCGCCCCUGCUCAUUCCAACGCACCGGGCCCCCUCCGUUACAGCCUGCAAAUGAGGACAUCCCCGCAGAGGCCAGUGAUAAGGCUUGUUGAGAACGCGACGGACACCUUCUCCUACUACGUAGACGGCCUGACGCCGUACACACAGUACGCGUUCAGAGUGGUGGUUUCACAUACACAUGGGCAGACAGUCGGCCCCUGGGCAACCCUUCUCACCGCAGAGGACAGCCCAGGACCAGUGGACACUCCAGCUGUAUCAAAGCUCCAUCCUCGGAGUGUUACAAUAACCUGGGAUCCUCCCUCCGAACCAAAUGGUGUUAUCACCAGUUAUACCCUCUAUCUUUGUCUCAGUUCAGUGUGCAGCAGCCUCAACUACAGUUUAGGUCAUAAUCUAAGCCUGCUUCCUAAGACUGAGGGUGCAUAUCUCAACUCAGGUCAUAACCCCAUACCAACAUCCCAUCUUACCACCACAGGCUCCAGCUUCAUCUCUGUGUCUGCUGUCAAGACAGGCAGUAAUGACAGCUCAAGCACAAUCCAAGGCACUAAACCAAACACCCUCCCUCACCAUUUCUCAAGCAUGAGGCCCGGUACCACGGAUGACAACCAGUCCACUCGUGGAAGAAAUACAAGCCAAGGCCCCAGUUCCAUCUCAUUGCCCGGUCUCUUUCUGUCAUACCCGUACAAUGCAUCCAGCUCUAAUAGUGAACAAGACCCUUUCCUUGGUCCCGUCUCUGGGCUCUUUAGUGCAGCUUCAGAUUCAAGCUCAUCCCCUCUCUCAGUUACUGUUCCAGGAAACACCACUAGCUACACUUUCCUCGACCUACUGCCAUACCAGACCUACAGCCUCCAGGUGGAGGCAUGCAACCGUGUGGGUUGUUCAGUGUCUGGGAUGUCUCCCACCUUUCGUACUCUUCCAGCUCCCCCUGAAGGGGUCCCUGCACCUCACCUUUACUCUGACACCCCCACGUCUGUUCUCUUGUCCUGGGGUGCACCAGAGUUGAGCAAUGGACCACUGGAGCGAUGGCUAAUUGAGCGCAGAGUUGCCGGGACAAAACAAAUCUCCACAGUGGGCUAUCUCCCACCAGACCCUCCCCCUCUUUCCUUCCUGGACUCCUCGUCAGCUCUCAGUCCCUGGACUAACUACCAGUAUCGACUUGUGCUCCAUAAUCAGGCUGGCAACACCACAGGACCUUGGGUCAAUAUCACCACCAGACCAUCUCGGCCAGCUGGUCUCAGUCCACCAAGGGUGAAGGUCUUGGGGCCGGAGUCACUUCAGGUCACAUGGUCUCCUCCUCUUAUUCCUAAUGGAGAAAUCCACGGCUAUGAGAUCCGCCUCCCAGAACCCCGCGUCUUCCAUGACAGUCGAAAUGCUUCUGAGUUGAACGUCACGUUAACGGACCUCAUCCCAUACACAAAUUACAGUAUCACCAUGUUGGCGUGUUCCAUGGGUGGUGGACAUGUUGGUGGAUGUACAGAAAGCCUACCCACUCCAGCUACUACAUUACCCUCAAGCCCUGAAGGCCUCGAACCACUGUCCAUAGUGGCAGUCAGUGAAUCUUUCCUGGCUGUUUCCUGGCAGCCGCCAAGCAGACCCAAUGGACCUAACAUCAGAUACAAGUUGCUCAGACGUAAAACCCACCAGCCCCUGGCCACGGCCACGGUCCCCACGGUAACAGCCGUGUCCCCUCCCCCCUCUGAAGAUCUCCAUCGCUGGCUCCAUGUUUACUCCGGCACCAAAUUGUUCUACCAAGAUAAAGGCCUAAGCAGAUUCACCCGUUACCAGUACCAGUUAGUGGUGUAUAAUGACCUGGGCUACUCUUCUGGAGAAAUUGUAACUGCAGUAACCAUGGCGGGGGUUCCCCACCACCCUCCAUCUCUGUCUGCCCACGCCAUCAAUCACACUGCUGUACAGGUCAACUGGACACAACCCUCUCUGCAAGACCUUCAGGGAGAGGUGGAAUCAUACUUUCUGACAAUAGUGUCUCCUCAGUCAAGUCAAAUGUUGGCUCUCCCUCCUGAGAUCAUCUCCACAGUGAUAGGUGACCUUUGGCCCAGUACUACAUAUCUUGUGUCAUUACACGUAUCCAACGGAGCUCAUAAUACAACUAAGGCAUUAGUUAACGUCACCACAGAGGAUGGAGUGCCAGACGGGAUGUUCGCUCCAGAGGUGGUUCCAGUUAACAGCAGCACAGUACGUGUGCUGUGGCUCCCGCCUCUCCGGCCCAAUGGAGCAGUUACCGGUUACUACAUCUACAUUGAUGAUCGUCUUAAUGGCAGUGUGGACAACAGCUCAGGGUCCUACCUGCUGGGGGACCUGCUGCCUUUUACUGUCUACAAUGUACAGGUGGAGGUGUGUACUGUGUAUGCAUGUGUGCGGAGUAAUGUUACUCAGACAACUACUGUGGAGGACCUGCCUGCUGAUCUGGCUCCACCACAUGCACAAGUGAUCGGUCCCAGGGUGGUGAAGUUGGAUUGGUCCCGUCCAGGGAGACCCAGUGGGAUCAUGCUGGGCUAUGAGGUCUUGAGACGAACCCUGAGGUCAUGUGCCGUCAGGUCAACAGGGGUCACAUCAUUUGUGGGGGAAGAGUUAGCAGGUGGUGUAAGGUUCAGAUGUUCAUACCUGCAGUGUCCUGCCAGUCAUGGUGUGUGUGGGACGUCCUGCUUCAGUCGUGAUAUUCAGGUCUGCUGCAGUGGAAUGCUCUACACAAAGAAACCGCACCAUCAUUGCUGUGAGGGCAGUUACCUGAGUUUGAACAAUUCCUCCGAUCCAGCAUGCUGCAAUGGCAAACUGCUCCCAGCUCUCCCCGACUACCAGUGCUGUGGCGGAUACUAUGUUCAUGUAAAAAGCAAUGAAAACUGCUGUCCUGACCACUCACAGGGCCGGGUCUCAGUGGGGCUGGGUGACAGCUGCUGUGGGGGGGUUCCUUACUCCACGAGAGGUGGCCAGCUCUGCUGUAGUGGGAGCCUCCAUGAUGGCUAUGGGGUCCAGUGCUGUGGAGGCCAGAUAGUAGAUGAUACCCUGGUGUGCUGCAGUGAUGCUGACAGGGGGGAAGUGCACACAUAUACCUCAGGUUUUGUCUGCUGUGGUCAGGAGUAUAUAAACUCGUCAGCCUCUCUUUGCUGUGUGGGCAAUGAUGGAUAUCCCUCAGUGCACCCUGCUGGCAAUGCCACAGUGACACUGCAGUGCUGUGGGUCAACAGUCAUACGUCAGGAUGAGGAGUGCUGCAACGGGAUUGGCUAUGACCCCCGACGACACGUGUGUGCUGACCGGCCGACACCUGGUCUGUUAAUACAGCACCAGUGUUUGCAGGGCGUUGUGUGUCCAAUAUCUGCAGCAUCCACAGCUUACUGUGGCGCCUGUGACCUCGAUCCAUCUAUGACCACCUGCACAUGGGUCCUGUCUCCGUACACAACACACUCACCUCCCCUCAACACCACUCACGAAACUCUCACUACGGGCCUCUCUACGCGAACAAACAGAAGUGAGAACACUUACAAAAUGGCAGACACAUACAGUUACACACACACUGAGAACCUGCAAUUCGAGGGAAGCCUGUGUCCAUCGCACGAGGAGGUGGUGUACAGCGGGGAUGCCAACAGAUACACAUAUACAGACUCAGACCUGGAGCCCUUCACCGCAUACGAGUACAGAGUGAGGGGAUGGAACAACUUUGGACGAGGCUCCAGUCAUGUUACGACAGUGACCACCAGCGAGGACAAGCCAUGGGGGGUGGCACCGCCCCGCUGGAGCCGCUUAAGUGAAAGAGAUGACAUCAUCCAGCUGCAAUGGCAACCACCUGCCAGGCCUAAUGGUGACAUCACCCACUACGUUAUACUGCGGGAUGGACAAGAGCGUUACCGUGGGGAGGAGAACAGUUUCACUGAUGUGGGUGGGAUCAGGCCUUUCCAGGAAUAUAGUUACCAGCUGAGGGUCUGUAACCGGGCUGGUUGUACUGACAGCACACAGGUGGUGGCAGUGACAGUCCAGGGCGUCCCAGAGGGUGUGCAGCCUCCAGUGGUAACAGCCUCAAGCCCUUCCUCCCUUCACGUGAGCUGGUCUGAACCAACUCGUCCAAGUGGAGUCAUACAGCGGUACCACCUGAACCAAACAGGUGUCGGAACCAUAUUUACAUACAACGACGGGCCCAGAAAUUAUACUGUGACCGGUUUGCAGCCAUACACAGAUUACAGUUUUGCGCUGGUCGCCUGCACAGCUGUCGGAUGUGGCACCAGUUUACCUUCCACAGGACGCACCCUGCAAGCCUCCCCUGCUGGUGUUUGGUCCAGGCCCAGACAUCUGAUAAUAAACACAUCUGCGGUGGAGCUGUACUGGGAUCAGCCGUCCCAGCCUAAUGGACACAUCUCCCAGUGCAGACUGAAAAGAGAUGGUCGCACUGUUUUUACUGGAGACCACCGUGACCAGAAUUAUACUGACACUGGACUCCAGCCAAACCGCAGGUAUGUGUAUGAGCUGGAGGCCAGUACAGCGGGUGGGACGGGUGUGAGUGACAAAUAUGUUAUACAAACGCCAGUGUCCUGCCCCACCGGGAUCCAACCUCCCCACAAUGUGACAGUGUCUGGCCCUCACUCCAUCUCUCUUGCCUGGACCCCUCCUGCUCAGCUCAUCAGCAGGCAGCCUGUAAACUACAACAUCCUGUUAAAUCCAGGAAGUGACAGAGCCGUGAUACAUCACGCUGGACAACAGCUGCACCUCACUGUGACUGAUCUGGAGCCAUUCACCAUUUACUACAUCAGAGUACAGGCCUGUCAAACUGAGGGAUGUGGAGUUGGAGGAGGUGUGUAUGUUAGGACUUUAGAGGCCGUACCAGAAGGUCUGCCGCCUCCCAGAGUGAAGGCAGCUGGAGCCAGUGUGCUGGAGAUCAACUGGUCAGAACCUGAAAAACCCAAUGGACUCAUCACAUCCUACCAUAUAUACAGGCGUCCAGUUGGAACAGAGGGGGAACUGUUGGUUUUCAUCUGGUCCAGUGGGCCGCUUGAAUUUUUUGAUGCAAGUCCUGCCCUGCGACCGUUCAGCUACUUCCAGUACAGAGUUCGCGCCCACAACUCCAAAGGCUCAGUUCUGAGCCACUGGGCUUUAGCUCAGACCUUACAGGCAGAACCACAAGAUAUGGCCCCUCCCACUGCCACACCCACUGGCGCCUACUCGGCCCAUCUGAAGUGGAGUGAGCCGGGACGGCCCAACGGUCUCAUUUCCCAUUACAGACUGGUUUACAAGAAGCACCAACAGGACCCAACGCUCAACUCAUCUGCUGUUACUGCUCUCACUGUGGAGGGUUCAAUCCUUGAAGCAACAGUCUAUGGCCUUGAAUCGUACAGUGAGUAUAGUCUACGAGUGGAAGCUAUGAAUGAUGCAGGUAGUGUAUCCAGUCCGUGGAUAGGCAUUAGGACCCUGGAGUCUUCUCCGGCUGGCCUGGCCAACUUCACAGUGGAGCAGAGAGAGCAGGGCAGGGCGUUACUGCUGAGCUGGGAUCAGCCAAGUGCUCCAAAUGGAAUCAUCACGAUGUAUAACUUGUACAGUGAGGGGAACCUGGAAUUCAGUGGACUGUCACGCAACUUCCUGUUUCGUCGUUUGGAGCCCUGGACAGUGUAUUCUUUGACUCUUGAAGCUUGCACUUCAGCAGGAUGCACACGUACCCCACCUCAGCAUGUCACCACUGCAGCUGCUCCACCUGCCGCCCAGCCCCCUCCCAGGCCUCUCUUCGUUGGCCCAGACAGUGUGUCACUCACCUGGGGCCCUCCCUCCCAGCCCAACGGCCCAAUUGGAGAAUAUUUAUUACUUGGAAGAAGUGUGGAGGAAGUGGGGAGGGGAAGAAGUAAUGACGAGGCUGUUGAAAGGGGAAAGGUGCUGUUCAGAGAAUCAUCCCCACAACAUGGAGACACCUUCUCAUAUACAGUGACUGGUCUGCGUCCCUGGACACAGUAUGAGUUCAGUGUCCAUAGUCACAACCCCGCUGGACACACCGGCAGCCCCUGGGUUACUGUGACAACCAAACAGGCCCCUCCUCGUGGUCUAGCUCCCCCAACAGUGAGUCAUAUCCAAGGCCAGCCCAGUGAGGUUUUGGUGUCCUGGACUCCUCCUCUGGAGCCCAACGGGGUGCUUCAAUCCUACAGGAUUCAGAGAAACAACAUCAGUUUCUCAUUUAGUUUUGACCCUACUGUCCUCAGAUACACUGACGAAGACCUCCUGCCAUUCUCACCGUAUAGCUACUCAGUCAUAGCCUGCACAUCUGAGGGAUGCACCACCAGCCCUCCUACCAACAUCACAACUCUAGAGGCUCCACCUGCCACGGUGGAAGCUCCCACAGCAGACAGCGUCACAUCCAGUAGUAUAAACAUUUCCUGGAGCAAACCAGCAUCACAAAACGGGGAGGUGACUGAAUACGUGCUGAAACUGAAUGAUGAAGAAGCUUAUCGUGGCAGAGCUCUGACUGCAGUGUUGUCAGAUCUGCAGCCACACACGUCGUAUCAGCUGGUACUUUUAGCUUGCACCAGCGGUGGGUGUACCACCAGCACCACCAUGUCCAUUUUGACUGAGGAGGCUCCACCCACUGGCCUGGCUGCCCCGACUCUUAAGGUCACUGGCCCAGAGUCAGUGGAGGUUAGCUGGAGAGCACCAGAGCACCCUAAUGGCAACAUCACUGGGUAUGAGCUCCGCAGAGAUGGUGAAGUCAUCUACGUUGGCACUGAAACCCAUUACCACGACUUUACACUUUUGCCAAGCGUGGAAUAUAGCUACGUUGUCAGGGCCAACAACAGUAAAGGGGCAGUGAGCAGCGCGGCGGCCACAGCAAAGACUCACCCGUCAGCUCCUUCUGGUGUCGGUCUCCCCACACUGAUGCCUCUGGGACCAAGCCAGGUGAGAGUAGAGUGGAGUCCUCCAGCCCGUCCAAAUGGAGACAUUGUGAGUUACACUGUGCAUCAAAGAGAUCCAGUCCAGCUCAGCGUCACCAGCAUUGUGUUCACUGCAGAGGAGAGGGACUUCUCUGACCGACGCACCACCCUGCAUGGGCUGGCUGCUUACCACAGGUAUGAAGUGAGGCUGGAGGCUUGCACGGCGCUGGGCUGCUCCUCCAGCGACUGGUCACCUGUACUCACUCUCGAGGCUCCCCCUGCUGGGCAAACCGCGCCACUGUUAGACCUCCAGCCCGACACACACAGUGGCCUACACACCACCUUUCUACUCACCUGGUCCCCUCCAGCUCAGCCAAAUGGUAGAGUCCUUCAUUAUGAGGUGUACCGGAGGCUGGACCAUACCACUGACACCAGCAGAGGUGAUACAGCAACACUCGUCUACAGGAACAUCUCCACUACCUGCAAAGACGAAGCCCUCCAGCCUUACACUGUAUACCAGUACCAGGUGUGGGCAGUGAAUUCGGCCGGUCGUUCUGCCAGCGGCUGGACCAACGGGAGAACGGGACCUGCCCCUCCUGAGGGUGUAGGCCCGCCUGUUUUCCUGCGUGUUUCAGCGACCUCAGCAGUCGUGGACAUCCCUCAUCCAGCCCGUCCAAAUGGGAUUGUUAGUCUUUACAGAGUUUUUUCACUGAACUACAACAACCAUACUCUGCUCUCAGAGGGUACGUCCAACCAGCAGACACUCCAUGGUUUACGUCCUUACACCCAGUACUGGGUAGGAGUAGAAGCCUGCACCUGUUAUCAGUGCUGUAGUCAGGGCCCACAGAGGGAGCUCCACACCCUGGCCGCCCCUCCAGCCGAACAGCCUCCUCCUCGCCCCGUCACCCUGACCUCCCGCUCUGUUCAGCUGGAAUGGGACGAGCCUCGGGCGCCUAAUGGAGUGAUUGAGAGCUGCGAGCUACAUAUCAGAUCACCUUGCCCGCAGCCCCUCCAGCCUGUACCCCUCCCUUGCGUUGAAGGACCAUUAGAAAUCUGCUUCUUUGGCAAAAGGCGGAGCCACAAUGUGACAGGUCUCCAACCGUACUCCACCUAUCAGCUGAGAGCUGCCUGCUUCAACAACAUGGGCAGCACUGCCUCCAACUGGACGAAUGUGACCACACUCAGCGAAGCCCCCCAGUAUGUGUCUCCUUUCUCAGUGGACAGUAACCUGACGGUUAUCUGGCUGGACUGGGCGGGGUCCUUCGCCCUCAACGGCUAUCUGAAGGAGUUCAGUGUGACUGAGAGCCAGCUGAGGGUCUAUACUGGCUUCUACAGCUAUCUCUAUGUUCCACGCACCUCCCAGAAAACUCUGUCUUUUCAGGUGACUUGCACCACAAACAGCGGCAGUGCCAGUACUCCCACCAUCAGAUAUAGUCCUGCCACCGGCCUAGCUCCUCCUGAACCUGAAGACAGUGAUAAACAGGGCGUGAGCAUGUCGGCUGCACCAGUUUACUCUGAGCUGUGGUUCAUCUUGUUGUUGACCCUGCUGGGUCUGUUUCUGCUGGCCUUACUGCUGGGUCUAGUGCUGCAGAGAGCCCUGAGGAAAAAUCCAUCAGCCAGAGAGCGCCCUCCGCUGGUCAUGCUACAGAAGACCAGGAAGGCUGGAGGAGAGACGUACAUGUUUGACACUGUAGCAGACUGUGUUGAGAUCAGCAACGUUAUACUUAAAAGCUACACUGUGUACACUGAGGGUCUGACAGAUACAAAGAUAGUUGGAACUAGCUCGCGGUUCAGCCCCAUGUCUGUCCUGCGGGUUCCCAGCCAGACAGACCUCAGUCAGGCCUACUCCCAGCAUUCCCUGCACCGCAGCAUCAGUCAGCUGAUUGACAGGAAGUCACUGAUGAUGGAGGAAGGAAGCUGGGACAAUCCGCUGGGACAAGAUUCUGGACUGUACGUGGAGGAAGAUGAGUUUGUGGACGCCAUCAAGGCCUUGAGUUCUGGAAAAAAGGAGCACACCAUGUUCACUGACACUCAUCUUUAAGAUCCCUACGUCUAAUCAGGGACUAAUGAUCCUAACCUGAGUCGAGGUCUCCAACAUCCAUGACUAAAGUUCAGAUAUGGACCCAGUCAGCUGUGAUCGUGUAGGUUGUGAGUUAUAAAACUGCAGUAUAUUGGCUCCAUAGCUUCAGUGUGCCCACAUCUGGAUUGUGAUUACACAUUAUAUUAUAUGUCUACUGUGCUCAGAUUAAGAGUCACAGCAGUCUUUAAAUUACUCUCAGCAGACCGACUGAAUGUUCUGGGUGUUUUUGUGAUUCACUGUCUCCGCUUGCCAACUGUUGGUAGUUUCGCAGGUUUGCCUCUCGCUCGUCUGGAAAACAAUUCAUGUCCAAUGUUUCAGCUGCUGCCUCUUUUGCUUCAUCAAGUGUUUGUGCCUAGUAAGCUUGAACAUUAUCAGCAGCACAUUUCCUGGUUGUAUUGAGACACAUGGCCUUGGUGUUAGUUCAAUGACAAAAAAUGCCAACUGUUUUUUUUUUACGUGUUAAAUGUGGCUGGGAAUCACAGAUGUGCCGUCUGAUUGUUGUGAUGUAACUUGAAAGCCCAAUCUGAGAUUUUUUUUUUGUUAUCAGUUAUGGUUUACUGCAAUUUAGAUUUAGAAUGAACCAGACAAGAUCAAAUUAACAGUAACAUAGCUGAAUGUCUCGGUAAUAAUGAAAAUAAAUCCACGUAAUUGUCUGUUUCAGUGUUACAGCAGGAGUGAAAACUGUUUUAUAUUUGAUUCUGCAGACUGGGCUUUUAAUUUUUAGAAGCUAAAUAUUUUAGAAACGGUAUUUAUCAAAACCAAGAUGUGGAAUUUCUGUGUAAUGUUGAUGGUUUUUGUGUAAAAAAUGUAUUUUCUUUUUCUUUUUUUACACUGGCAGUAUUAUUUAUGAUUGUUGUCUAAAGAAAAGUCUUAUUUAUAGAUGAUUUAUCGAUCAUUGUUUGUGUUUUUUUGGGAAAUUAUAAAUAAUGGCCAAUGGUCAAGAAAAUA